UUGUUUUAGGAUGCGCAUCCUUCUGGCCCUUCUAUAUGUUUAUCUUGUGGCAGCUCCUGGUUGCACAAGUCUUCCCAGAAAGGGAGACUCCGUGAGAAAUACCAUCCACAACAUAAUGAAUAUCGCUCAGAUAACUCUGGUCCACAUUAAGAAACUAAGGACAAAGUUGCCAGUAUCCCCACAGAUAGAAGUCACCAGUCCUUCCAUUGACGGACUUAUCAGUAUCAGCCAUGACCUUGGACUUUUGGACAAUGAACUACAGAGCACAGAUCUCCUCAGCCAGAUCCAGGCCGAUGUCUCCAGCUUGGAGGGAAGUGUGCGCUCCCUCGCUCUGACAAUGGACUGUACCAUCCAGGCCAGACCCAGUGAAGAGACCAGUGACAGUUUGUUCCCAGACAGUCACCUUUACCUGACUCUGAUCAAGGUGCAGCGCUAUCUGGAGAAAUUGCUUCUCAACAAGGACAAACUCAAGGUCUGUUAA